AUGGAGAGGUUUUCAAUUAUUCAAUCAUCAAUCAAAUUAUUGAUUAUUUUCAUUGCCUUUUCAUCAUCGAUUGUGGCCAUUAAUGGCGAUAAAAGUGUCCAUAAUAAUAAUAACAAUAACAAUAACAAAAAUGAUUUAAAAACACAAGAAUCAUUCGAUUCAUUUACAACCGGUGCAUUAGGUCCAUUACUUCAUGAUAAUCAUCAUCAUCAUCAUCAUCAUCAUGACGAUCAACAUUUAGAUAAUCAUAAUAAUAAUGAUUAUGGUAUACCAUCAAGCUAUGAUGAUCUUUAUAAAUAUGGAGGUAUUGUUAGCAGUGGUGGCGGUGGCGGUAGUAAUGAUAAAAAUAUUCUCGGACAUUAUGGCGAUGGUGGUGGUGGUGGUGGUUAUAAAAACUAUUAUGGUGACACUGAACAUUUGGAUCAAGGUUUAAAUAAAUAUAAUGGUCAUCAUAAACGGGAUAAAUAUGGUGGUAAAAGUGGUAAUCAUAAAGAUUAUAAUGAUCAUCAUGUUUAUACACGUAAUCGUGGUUAUGGUUAUGAAAAACAUUAUAUGUAUGAUAAAGAAUAUUCUACGGGAAAAUCCACCGGAACAAAACAAGGACAUCAUUCAUAUUAUGGUGAUCAUGAUCAUGGUUCAAAAUCGACAAUAGAUUUACAUAAAAAUUAUGAUAGUAAAAAAUUUGGUAAAUCGAUAGUGGAUGAACCACAUGUGGAUGAUUCGAAUUAUGACCAAUAUAGCAGUAGUGGUGCACAUGGUCACGGUCAUGGUCAUCAUGGUCUUGGAUCAUUGGAUAAUUUGAAUAAAAUGAAUCUAUUGAAACAUAAAAAAGAAUUAUUGAGAAAACAUCUUGAUCAUGAACAUCAUCAUCAUCAUGGUCAUAAUCAUCAUCCACCAUCGAUACAUCAAACAUAUUCUAAAUUACAUGAUUACAUACCAACUGCUAAUAUCGUGGAACAUCAUCAUCAUCAUGGUGUUGGUAGUGGUGGUGGUGGUGGUGUGAAUAGUUAUUCACAUUUAACGACACCAUUUCUCGGUACAACAUAUGGAUCAUUAUUAUCACCAAAUUCUCAUCAAUCAUAUGACCAUUCGAUGGAUUAUAUACCACAACAUCAAUAUGCAACAAGCUAUUUUGACAGUGGCAGUAGUAAUCAUCCGGAUGAUUUGGGCCUUUAUCUAUCGAGUAGUAGUAAUAGUAAUGUAAAAAAAUUAAAAAAUAAUAAUUCCACUACCAAUGCAUUAAUUAAUACGGAUACGGAAGGUGAAAGUAUUAAUACAUUAUUACCUAAUGAUGGUAGUGGCAAUGAUGGUGAUGGAUCCAGAUCAACAUCAUCAUCAUUGAUGAUAAUGAGAAAUAAUAAUGGUAAAAUAAUCAAUAUGGCACCAUUAAUAUCGACACGAUUAUCAUCAUCAACAUCCAUGGAACCAAUUGAAAUGAUGAUGAUUAAAUCACCACAAUCACCACGUGGCGUAACUGUUGCCGAAAGUUUUGCACGCAUACAGAAUGCUGUACAUGCAACACCACCGGUUAUUGCGACAUCACAUCUUUAUCAACCAACUAUUAAGCUUUAGAAACCAAAACAAAAAAAAAAUUCAAUCAUUCACUACACACACACACACACAGAACAGUAAAAUAUU